AUGGGUGUGAAAACUUGCUACAACAAGGCUUGCUCCAACCAAGGGAAAUUUAACGAAGAAGAAAAUGGACCUGAAGCUUGUAGAUUUCACGCGGGAGGGCCUGUUUUUCACGAUGCUUACAAGGGCUGGAGCUGUUGUAAGAAACGCGUGACGGAUUUUGGCGAGUUCUUGGCGAUUCCAGGCUGUACCGCUGGCCCCCAUAAUCCCGAAAAGAGCGAGGCGGCACCUGUAAAGCCAGACGUAAAAAACACCGGCGCCAAAGAAAAACCCGCUUUUUCGAAAGAAAGAGACCCGAAAAACUAUGGAAAAGAAACGUAUGUUUCCGCGCCGCCAAGUCGAGAAAAAUUGGCAGCUCAAGAAGAAACGAAUGAUUCAGAAGAGGUUGAGCAGAAAUGCUCCCUGAAGGCGAAGAUUUUGAGCUCGCUGAAGACGGAGCUGGCGAAAAUGGAAUUGGCGGAGAAGAAUAGGGCCGAUUUGACGAAAACUGUUCAAGUCGGCUGGCCUUGUAGCCGCUCAGGCUGUUCCGAAACUUACAAAGGCGAAGCUAGCAACGCCAACUGCUGUCAUUACCAUCCUGGCGUGCCGAUCUUCCACGAAGGCAUGAAAUUCUGGUCCUGUUGUGAGCGAAAAACAUCCGACUUUACCGCCUUCCUCAAUCAAGCCGGAUGCGAGAAAACAGACAAUCACGAUUGGGUGCACCCGGACGAAGCAGCGCUCAAAUCGAAGGAAAACGCGAGAUAUGAUUACCACCAAACACCGACUAAUAUCACCCUCAAUGUUUACUGCAAAGGAGUUAUUCCGAAAGAAACUACAGUUCAUGUGUCAAACAAACGAAUCGACAUUGAUUUUUGCUUUGGAAUCAGAAAGACAAAAAUGUCCGUGGCGGUUUCCGAACUUUGGGGAAAAGUAGUAGCAACGAGCUCGAAACUCAACAUUGGCAGCACGAAGCUGGAGCUAAUUAUGAAGAAGAAAACGAGUGGAACAUGGAAGAAGUUGCACGCCGAGGAGAUAGGCGCCACCGUGUUUUUCGGAAUGAGAGAUAAGAAGCCGGACAUUUGGCCAGAAAAUGUCGUCGAUGAUAACGGAGAAUCAGCCCCUGCCAAAGCCGACCUGAAAGCAGCUCUUCCAAAAGUAGAAACAAAAGCGUCCCCACAUCCGUUCGGAAAUGUCAAGAGCAUCAACCUCAAGCCCGGCUUUGGUUUUGUGACGUUUGAUGAAGAGGAAGAUGCAGAAAGAGCACUUGAUUCGCUAGAAAGAAACGCAAAAUUGUGCGGCUAUCGCGUUGAUAUAAAGCCUGCAAGAGAAGAUACUAAAGAUGUAGAGAGAAACUUCGAGAGAAAUAUCUCUCCCCAAAGAAGGGAUACUCCUCAAAAAAGGGAAACUCCCCAAAGAAGGGGCACUUCCCCAAGAAGGGACACUCCUCAAAGACGGAACUCUCCCCCGAGGGGGCUUCCUGAUAGAAGGACUGUUCCUGAUAGACGGGGAAAUAAUCCAGAAAAACGGGAUUCCGUUGUUCCAAGAGUUCCAUCUGUCAGAGGUGACCGAGGCAGAUCUGGUGGUCCAGUAAUCAGAGAUAUGCGAAGAAGACGAAGCCGAAGCAGAAGCCGCACAAGAAGUCGAAGCCGAAGUCGCGGUCGAACUCGGGGCUACAACAGAGAUUACUGCUUGAAAGUUACGAAUUUGACGACACGCGCGAGCUGGCAAGACUUGAAGGAUUUUAUCAGAAAAGAAACUGAUGUCGAAACGGCUUUUUGUGAAGCGCAUCGAGUGAAAGUCAGAGAGGGACUAGUUGCUUUACGAACAAAGAACGAUAUGAAGCUCGUCUUGAAAUACUGCGAUAACCAGCUUAUAAAUGGAAAAGAAGUUUUCUUCCACGAAAUGAUAGUUGAUCAUCGAUCCAUCAGUCGCUCGCCGGUCAGAAAUCGUCGAAGAAGUUAA